UCUCUCUGUACAAACAAUCCAUCUGUUCCUUCUUGGAUUCACAAUGGAGGUAGCUUCCAGGAAUUCAUCAAGGCUUCUUCGCGCCCCUCCCUCUGCCAGCCAUGCUACAAAAUUGCUCCUGCGCACCCAACGUCACCAACUUCUACCUCUCCCCAGCAUCGCGACAACCAACACCCUAAACCGCAUCCGACAUGUCUCGACUACCUCGCGAUCUCUCGCACCAGAGCCAUCAUUCAUGAACUUUUCCUCCUCCUCGUCAGGCUCUGGCUCGCCGACUUCAUACUUCGCUUCUCGCCCUUCCCUGCCUGCAAACACGAUCAUCCGGUUCGUGCCUCAGCAGACGGCUUGGAUCGUGGAGCGCAUGGGCAAAUUCCAUCGAAUACUUGAACCGGGCUUAGCCAUUCUCAUACCAUUUAUAGAUCGGAUCGCGUACGUGAAGCACUUGAAAGAGAGCGCGAUUGAGAUCCCGUCGCAGAAUGCUAUUACGGCGGACAAUGUUACGUUGGAGCUAGAUGGCGUACUUUAUACAAGGGUUUUCGAUGCUUAUAAGGCCAGCUACGGAGUCGAAGAUGCAGAAUACGCAAUCUCCCAACUUGCACAAACGACUAUGCGAUCCGAGAUUGGCCAGCUCACCCUCGACCAUGUUCUCAAGGAACGUGCAACUCUCAACACAAACAUCACACAGGCCAUCAACGAAGCAGCCCAGGAUUGGGGUGUCGUCUGCCUAAGAUAUGAGAUUCGAGAUAUCCAUGCUCCUGAGGGUGUUGUUGCUGCCAUGCACCGUCAAGUGACCGCAGAGCGCUCAAAGCGUGCGGAGAUCCUUGACUCGGAAGGUCAUCGGCAAAGCGCGAUCAACAUUGCGGAGGGUCGGAAGCAGUCGGUAAUUCUUGCAUCGGAAGCCAUGCGGGCUGAGCAAAUCAAUCGUGCCGCUGGUGAGGCGGAGGCUAUUAAGCUAAAGGCAGAGGCCACCGCAAGGGGGAUUGAUGCUGUUGCAAAAGCGAUCGAGAGAGGCCAGGAGAAUGCCCAUAGUGCUCUCAGCCUUGCCGUUGCUGAAAAGUAUGUUGAAGCCUUCUCCAAAUUGGCGCGAGAGAGUACAGCGGUUGUUGUGCCUGGCAACGUCGGUGAUCUGGCCGGGAUGGUUGCAAACGCUAUGGCUGUUUACGGGAAGAUCAGUGAGGGCCAGGCGCGGUCCAUUGCGGCCAAGACACUCGGGGUUGAGCAUCCAGCUGUAACUGAGACAGCGGAUGAAUCCGAUGCAGAGCCAGAAGAUGAGAAAAUGUCUGAUAUCCCUGCAGAAACAGGCAAAAAUGAGGUGACAGAGAGUGUGCUGGGUGGUUUUGACCAGACUAGACAGCAGAGGACAUAGGAGUUGUUUGCACUUAGCGUUUUCCCUCCAUUUCCUUCUCCUGAGACCAUCUGUAUGAUAUGCUGUCUCUAGUCUCCAGGUCAUGUUCACUUCGCAUUUGCAACUACGAUUGUCCUUGUCUUUUGUGCGUCUGUAUUUAAAUGGUCAGGCAGAGCGAAUACGGCCCUUCAGGGACCCAACAUGUGUCUUGCAUGAAAACAUCGGUGAAAUCUUCUUUGGGCGCUGUGUGUACAUACAUAGAGAUCAGAAGCGGGCAAAAUAAAUGUAUUUGUGUAUUGCAUGGUGAGGCUCAUGGGUGUAGUCCUU